AUGUCUCUGAAGGGGAUUCAAUGCAGGGACUUUGUGCUCAAAAAUGAAUCCAUUAAAAGAGCCCAGCAGGAACUGAAAACUCAUCUGAAGAAGAAGUUUGAAUACAUAUUUGAAGGUUUAGCAGUGCAGGGCCACACAACUCUCCUCAAUGAGAUCUAUACAGAGCUCUACAUCACAGAGGGGGGAAGUGGGGGGGUCAAUAAUGAGCACGAGGUCAGACAGAUUGAGACAGCAUCCAAGAGACAAACCACCCAGGAGACUCCAAUCCUCUGCAAUGAUAUCUUUAAGCCUUUACCUGGACAAGAGAAACGCAUCAGAACUGUGCUGACAAAGGGCAUCGCUGGCAUUGGGAAAACCGUCUCUGUGCAGAAAUUCAUUCUGGACUGGGCAGAAGGAAAAGCCAAUCAGGACGUUGAUUUCAUCUUCACUCUUCCUUUCCGAGAUCUGAAUCUGAAGAAGGAAGGAGCAUUCAGUCUGAUGCAACUUCUGCAGCACUACUUUCCACAACUGAAAGAGAUCAAAAGUGUUGAAGGUGAUAAAGUCAAAGUUGUGUUUAUCUUUGAUGGUCUGGAUGAAUGUCGACUUCCUCUACAUUUCCAAAGCAAUGAGAUCUGCUGUGAUAUAACAAAGUCAUCAUCAGUGGAUGUGCUGCUGACCAACCUCAUUAAGGGGAAUCUGCUUCCCUCUGCUCUCCUCUGGAUCACCUCCCGACCUGCAGCAGCCAAUCAGAUCCCUCAUGAGUGCAUCCACCAGGUGACAGAGGUACGAGGGUUCAAUGACCCACAGAAGGAGGAGUACUUCAGAAAGAGAAUCGGAGAUCAGAAGCAGGCCAGCAGAAUCAUCUCACACAUCCAAUCAUCCAGGAGUCUCGACAUCAUGUGUCACAUACCAGUCUUCUGCUGGAUUUCUGCUACUGUUCUGGAGACAAUGUUGGGUAAAGUAGAGAGUGGAGAUCUGCCAAAAACUCUGACUGAAAUGUACACACACUUCCUGCUCAUUCAGACUAAUGUGAAGAAUCUGAAAUAUCGUGGCUCUGAUGAAACAAACCCAAAGAUGUCAGCAUCAGAUACAGAAAUCAUCCUGAAAAUGGGGCAGCUGGCUUUUGUACAGCUGGAAAAGGGCAAUCUGAUAUUCUAUGAAGAGGACCUGAGAGACAGUGGCAUUGAUGUCAGUGAAGCUUCAGUGUACUCUGGGGUGUGCACAGAGAUCUUUAAAGAGGAGCGUGGGUUGGGUCAGGAGAAGGUCUACUGCUUUGUGCAUCUGAGCAUUCAGGAGUAUCUGGCCGCCUUGUUUGUGUUUCAUUCAUGUGUAAAUGAGAACAGAAAUCUGCUCAGAUCAGUAAGAUCAAAAUCUCUCAGUGACCGACUGUAUGAGUUACACAGGAGGGCAGUGGAUCAGGCCUUAGAGAGUAAGAAUGGACACCUGGACCUUUUCCUUCGAUUCCUUCUGGGCCUCUCUCUGGACUCCAUUCAUCCCCUCUUAGGAGAAAUACUGACACAGACAGGAAGCAGAUCCCCUGUAUCAGACCCACAGACACAGACAGAAAGCAGAUCACAGAGCAUCAAGAAAACAGGCCAGUACAUUAAGGAGAAGAUCAAAUCUGAAUCUUCCGCAGAGAGGACCAUCAAUCUGUUCCACUGUCUGAGUGAACUGAAUGACAACUUUCAAGUGAAGAGAAUCCAGAAUUCCCUGAGAUCAGGAAAACUUUCUGAUAAAAAGCUGGAACCCCACCAAUGUUCAGCUCUGGGCUUUGUGUUACUGAUGUCAGAGAAGAUCCUGGAUGAGUUUGACUUGAAGAGCUACAACACAUCAGAAGCAGGUCGUCACAGACUGCUACCAGUAGUCAGGAACUGCAGGAAGGCCAUACUGCACAGUUGUAACCUAAGUGAGGAGUCAUGUGAGAUUGUGGCCUCAGCUCUCCAGUCAUCAAACUCAACCCUGACAGAUCUUGACCUCAGCAGCAAUAACCUGGGAGAUUCAGGAGUGAAGCUGCUCUGUGCUGGACUGAUGAGUCCAAACUGUAAACUACAGAGACUGGACCUCAGCUACAAUAACCUGGGAGAUGCAGGAGUGAAGCUGCUCUGUGCUGGACUGAUGAGUCCAAACUGUAAACUACAGAGACUGGACCUCAGCUACAAUAACCUGGGAGAUGCAGGAGUGAAGCUGCUCUGUGCUGGACUGAUGAGUCCAAACUGUAAACUACAGAGACUGGGGCUGGGUUGGUGUAAUCUCACAGAGGGCUGCUGUGAUGUUCUGGCCUCAGUCUUGCGUUCUCCUCACUCAGAGCUGAGUGAUCUGGAGCUGAGAGACAACGAGCUGCAGGAUUCAGGAGUGAGAGCGCUCUCUGCUGGACUGGAGGACCCACACUGUAAACUGCAGAGACUGGGGCUGUCAGGCUGUAGAGUCACACAGAGAGGCUGUGAUUCUCUGGCUUCAGCUCUGUGUUCAAACCCCUCACACCUGAGAGAGCUGGACCUGAGAUACAAUCACCCAGGAGACUCAGGAGUGAGAGCGCUGUCUGCUGCUAAACUGGACACACUCACACUGCUUGUGGAACAUGGAGGAGAGAACAGGAUCAAACCAGGACCCAGGAAAUGUGAGUCUUUAUCGAUGCAGAACACUUUCCAUAGAUACACAUUGUAUUGUGUGUGUGUGUGUGUGGGUGAUUCUGAGGGCUGCCUGUGA